AAUUAACUGUAAUGAAACAAACCUACAUGCAUAGCUAUAUUAAAGUUUAAAAGUUGUAUAUCUGUGUUUAAACCCUCACUUGGAUUCACUCUCUAGGUUUUAUUAAGGAAGUCUGCUGCUCACACAGAUGUUUAAACGAGACUCUGGGUGUUGCUUGGUGCUGCUCUUGGAGUGAAGCAGCUCAGUGAGGAUGAACAAACUGUCUGUGGGAGAGAAAACGGCUCAAAGCAAGCUGAACCGCUGGGUGGAUCCGUCCUUCUCUGAGUUUCCGGCUGAAAGUUUCUCUCUGCCCGUGAGGAGAAAAGGGGGUCCGAGUUUAAAAUCCCAGUGUGAACCAAAGAGGAGCAGGAAGAGGAAAGGAGAGAGUAGCGGCUCAGAGGUUUUACAGACCUCUCUGCUCAAAGAGUUGACUCAGAGGGACCAGGAUGAGUCCUGGGUGGACAGAUACUCACCAUGCUCACAGGCUGAGCUGGCGGUGCACAAGAAGAAGAUUGAAGAAGUGGAGAACUGGAUGAGAGUUCACACCAACUCCUCACAGGGGGGCAUCCUGCUGCUGACGGGACCAUCGGGAUGUGGAAAGACUGCUACAGUCCAGGUCCUGUGUCGGGAGCUGAGUCUCCGGGUUCAGGAGUGGACCAACCCCACCACUCAGGAGUUCUACAGCAGCAGUCAGCAUGACUGGAGGAUGAUGGACUCAACGUCCUCCUCCCAGUUAUCCCAGUUCCAGGACUUCCUGCUCAGAGCCAACAGGUAUACCUGUCUGAAGAUGACAGGUGAUGAAGGAGCCUCAGACAGAAAGCUCAUACUGGUGGAGGAUUUUCCAAACACGUUCUACAGACAGCCGAGCAGCCUGCAUGACGUCCUGAGGCGCUUUGUGAAGACAGGCCGCUGUCCUCUGGUGUUCAUCGUGUCGGACAGUCUGAGUGGAGACAGCAGCUCACGUUUUCUUUUCCCCAGAGAGAUUCAGGAGGAGCUGCACAUCAACAACAUCAGUUUUAACCCGAUUGCUCCCACCGCCAUGAUGAAGGUCCUGGCUCGGAUCUCAGCCGUGGAGGCAGGAAAGAGCGGAGGGAGGAUGUGUGCCUCAGACCCGGCAGUGUUGGAGUCGCUGUGUUCAGGAAGCUCAGGAGACAUCCGCAGUGCCGUCAACAGCCUCCAGUUCUCAUCCCUCCCAGACACAUCUCUGGAGCACGGUCUGUGGCGGAUGAAGAAGGACAGAGCUGUGAGCUCUGUGGGGAAAGCUCCUUCCAGAACAAACAACAGGAAGAAGUCCAAGCAGGCGAAGCAGCAGGUGGAGGUGGAGCAGGCAAUCGGAUCGAAGGAUGCAUCUCUGUUCCUGUUCAGAGCUCUUGGAAAGAUCCUGCACUGCAAACGAGGGAAUGAGGAAGGAGCUGACCCUGCUGAAUCUGGACCUGUACCUGGUCUCCCGUCUCACCUGUCCCAUCAUCACAGAGGAUCUUUACUCAUAGACCCCGAGCUGGUUGUGGAGCGCUCUCACAUGUCCGGAGAGUUCUUUAACCUGUUCCUGCACCAGAACUACCUGGACUUCUUCUCCGAGUUAGAGGAUGUGGAGCGGGCCAGUGAGUACCUGUCCGACGCCGACCUUCUCACUGCUGAUUGGACGAGCCGCAGCACCAUGGGGAGUUAUGGGAGCUCAGUGGCCACCAGGGGGCUCCUUCACUCUAACGCUAAGCAUGUUUCAGUGGGCUUCAGACCGCUGCACAAACCCAACUGGCUGCUGGUCAACAAGAAGCACCGGGAGAACGGUGUGACUGCUCAGUCUCUGUUCAGGAGUUUCUGCCUGUCAGCUGUCAGUCUACAGACUCAUCUGCUGCCUUACCUGGCCAAACUCACCAACCCCAUGAGGAACCAGGCUCAAAUCGCUUUCAUUCAGGACGUGGGUCAGAUGUCUCUGAGGAGGGGCCCCAGCAGAUUAAAACUGGAGGCUCUGACAGACAAAGAUCCAGCUCAGCUGGACACUGAGGAGGACGAGGAGGAGAAGGAGGCGGGUCAGGGUGAUGAAGAUCUGUCAGCCAGUCAGCCUAAACCUACGAGCAAUCAGGUCCUCCUGGAGGAGGAGGAACUGCUCAUUGAGGAGUACAACAGUGACUGAACACAGACACACACACACACACACUGUGACACUGCAGCUUUGUCAUGUUUGAGGUCAUCAGUCAGUAUGGAGGAAGAUAUUUGCGCUGUGAAUAAACUUUAUUUUCAUGAGGAAAGACUUUGUUAGUGUUAAAAGUUUGUAUUCUUUAUUUCUCCCUCACAGAAUUCAGUCUCUAAGUCUCUUUUCUGGUAUUUCUGGUAUAUUCUCUUUCAGUUGUCGUUUGAGGAUCAAACAGGUCUGUGGUCUGUUAGAGACUGACUGUAGCUCCACAUGAAGCCGCUCUUGGAAAUGUGUCAGUAUUUAUUUGUUUGUGCACGUUCAGCACUUGUUUUUUCUCUUCUUUUUUUUGUUCUGCUGAGUGACUAUGGAUUCACCUGCGACAGGUAAUUGCGCAGGAAAACGCCUUGAUCUGACACCUCUGCUGUUUAUAAACGCUGAACACAGAAAAUGUUAGUCUUAUUUAAAGAGAACUCUGUUUAAACCUGAAUGAGUCUGUGAAUAAAAUAAUGAGUGAACCUUA